GUCACAGAUGCAAGCAAUUAAGUGUGUUGUUGUUGGAGACGGCGCAGUGGGGAAAACGUGUUUGCUUAUUAGUUAUACAUCAAAUGCUUUCCCGGGCGAGUACAUCCCGACAGUCUUCGAUAAUUAUUCGGCGAAUGUUAUGGUUGACAAGAAGCCGGUAAAUCUGGGACUUUGGGAUACAGCUGGUCAAGAGGAUUACGACAGAUUGCGGCCACUUUCGUACCCACAGACCGACGUCUUCUUGAUAUGCUUCUCUGUGGUGAGCCCUGCGUCUUUUGAAAAUGUGCGAGCAAAGUGGGUACCCGAGAUUAGGCACCACUGUCCCAAGACCCCGGUGAUUCUUGUUGGAACUAAACUGGACCUACGUGAGGACAGAGAAACUCUGGAGAAGCUGAAGGCACACAAACUGGCCCCCAUAACGUACCCUCAGGGUCUCGCGUUGUCGAAGGAGAUCAAUGCGAUUCGCUACUUGGAGUGCUCCGCACUUACCCAAACCGGUCUCAAGGCGGUCUUUGAUGAGGCCAUCAGAGCCGUCCUUAUUCCGCACACGAAGCUCAAUAAACGCACGUGCAGCCUUUGCGUCGUCGUUGGAGACGACACGGUCGGUAAAACCUCGCUAAUCAUGCGCUACACGCACGAACCCGAGUUUGACAUAAACUCCUACGUACCCGAUGCUUCAAACACCUUCGCAUUACGUGUUAUGGCUGCAGAAACGCCCAUUAGGCUAACUGUCUGGGAUACUUCAGGUCACCAGCGAUACGAAAGAUUGCGGCAGUUGUCCUACCCCCAGACAAACGUCUUUCUUGUGUGCUACGCCAUCGAUGACUUCAAGUCCGUGUGCGAUGUUGAGAAAGUCUGGAUUCCUGAACUGCGUCACUUCUGUCCAGACGCCGCAAUCAUCCUCGUUGGAACCAAAUGUGACUGCCGACAAGCCAGCCAACCAAAUGUGUCGGGAUCACCGCCAGUUGUCUCGCCAUCUAGGGGCAACUCAAUGGCAAAGAAGAACGACUUGUACACCUACGUGGAGUGUUCGGCGUUGACAGGAGAGGGCAUCAAGAACGUCUUCGAUACCGUCAUUCGCGCAGCCAUCAAUCCGGGUCGCAAAUCCAAGAGGCACCAGUGCUCCGUGAUGUAA